AUGCCGGAUUAUUUAGGAAAAGAUCAAAGGAAAAUUAAAGACGACGAGAAAAAAGACGAUAAGCCAAUCCAAGGUGCGAGUGAUACUUUGAAUCAUACCAAAUCACGACGGGACUUAUUAGUAACACGACUGACAUCUUUCUCACUACGAUUGCACAUGGAAACCAGGAUUCAGAUCUUUCAUUAAAAAUUUUAUUGUCAUUUUUACCUCUUCUAGCUCUGGAUGAAGGAGAUAUCGAAAUUCUAAAGACAUACGUAAGUACAUCAAAAUGUAUCGCUUUUAUGCAAAGUGUAACAGGAUUUUAUAUUUUUGCAUGGCUUGAUAUGUUAUGUUUUAUCACAGGCUGUAUUCAGGAAAUUUGUUUAGGUUCAGUUUCAAUAUCCUUGGCUUGAAUUUUAUUUUUUUUUGUUCCGAGGUACAGUAAUGUAUGAUAAUCAAUUUGAAACAAAGGAAAGUAAAAUUUAAACUAAGAAUAAAACUAAACCACAUCAUGUACACUGACAUAAGCUUAUUAUUAUAUGCCUGUCAAUAAUAUUAUGGUUUGUCACUUCUGACUAUUACUGAAGAUUACAUGUAUAUCUCACUUUAGCACAGUUUCUGAAGUUAAUUCAUAGAAGGAUGUUGCAUACUGUUGAAAACUUAAAAUCGCUGCCUAAACUGUUAUACCAGGUGUAUUUAAUCAAUAGAAAUCAAAAUAAUCCAAAGUUGGAACAUUAUUUUUUUGGUAAAAUGGCUUUUAGAAAACAUAAUGGUUUCAGCAACCUCUCACUUCAUGUUGUAUUUUUUCGUGUGUUUGUGUCUAUCACAAUACUUUUUGGGAUUGUCGCGUGCACUUUCUCUGACAACCUUUCUCGAAAUAGCUGUAUAUUGCUUGCUGGAAAUGUUGUUGUCUCAAGAUGAUCUACAUCAUCAUGAGUGGGUUAAAUGGGGGACAAAUUUUGAAACUGCUGCAAACGUUGUUGCCUUAAGAUGAUCUAUGUCAUUAUGAGUGAGUUAAAUGAGUGAAAAAUUGUGAAAGAAUGAAUGAAAUGUUGUGGGUGAGAGGACAAAGAACAUACCCUCUUUACAUUUCAAAUAUCAACAUGUUAACAGCAUGCUUGAAUGUCAGCAUACAAGGGCGCCACUGCUAGCCGCUAUCUGCCCACUUAUGAGCUUACUGUAACCCACCUAGCCCAUGAUAUGAGUGAUGUGUGUGAAAGGUAGACCACACCACCCGGGAAACUUCCCCUCCUCUUUUUGAUUGGUAGUUGCCAUUGGGUUGUUUUACGUCCCUUUUGAUCUGACUAAUGAUAGAAGGAUGAAGGAGACAAGGCCAAUGGCCUCAGGUCACCGUCCAAUGACUAGAUCAUUAAUAUUUUGAACUGAGACAAGAUCUUAAAUCACAGCCAGCAAGAUCUUAUGAGUUUUUUCAAAGACCCUGGUCGGUUGUUCGGAUAGAGUUUGAACCCACAACCUCCCCCACGGCAGACUAGCACUCUAUCAACUGAGCUAACCAGGCGGUGGAUAUUGUAAAUAACAGUAUGAGUAUUAAUGGUAAUUUUAUGAACUGACUAAGCCCCUUUUCUGUCUACUGAUUAAGAGGGUUUUUUAAAACUGUUUAAUACUGACUCGAGGUGCAAUAGCUGUUGCAAAGUACUGUAUAUGAUAGGACUAUGGUUACAAAAUAUUUCUGUCUUUCCUGGCUAUGUUUUCAAACAGGGUGCUGGUUUAUACAGCAGAUCAAUAAAAAAAGUGGAAGAUGAUAUUCAAGGAGCACUGAAGAAAGUGAAUGAACUAACAGGUAGAAAUAUCUUUUGUGAUAUUUAAAGAAACUGCUACUGUUAAGAAAUACUAUUCACUUACUGACUGAGUGGGAGGUAUGGACAGGAAAAUAUUUUGCCCUAGUUCAGACUUCCUAACAGAGAACCAAAUAUUUUCCAAUCCAGCCCAACCUAACUCAGUCAAUAAGCAUUUUAUUGUAUGACUGUUGUUUUUUUUAAAAUUUUUCUGAUGGAGCGAACCUGCAUCAAUCAGUAUGCUUUACAGCAAGGCCAUAUGCAUUUUUCCAGCCCUAUCUCUUGAUGCGUCAUUCCUCAUACAGACAUUUUUUCAUAUGGUUUUCCAACAAAAAUUAAUUCCGCACAGGUCCAUAAGAUAAAGAUAUCUAUUCAACAAGCUUUGGCCUGUUUGACUGAAUUGUGCUUAAUCUGGCAUGGUUUGAAAGGUCUCUCUGCCCGGCGCAAGUUAAAUGUCUGUAAAAACUAGUUGUACUAGAGGUAGUCAUUGAUGGUUCAGAUGUUAAUGGGCCAAUCCUAGACCAUAUUUACUCCCCAUGGUCUUUCACUUUUUCUUUUUUUACUCUGAAACAUAAAGGGAGCUUGAGAUCAACAUUAAUUUAUACAUGUACAAAGUACUAUGAAGCCUUUAAAGAUCUUAAAAAAAACUAAGACCUAACUCAUUUGACAAUUGAAUAAACUGUUGUUGUUGUUGUCGUUGUUGCUGUUGUAAAGAAACUCAUCACCUUUAGUCAGCUCCUUUUGUUGGUAUUUAUUCUGAAUUAGAUCAGGCCCCAGUUGUUCAAAAGCUGGAUAGCGCUAUCCGCCGGAUAAAUCUUUAUCCAAUGGAUAGCGCAAUUUGUUUCCCUAAUACUUAUCCACUGGAUAGAGAUUUAUCCGAUGGAUAGCGCUAUCCAGCUUUUGAACAACUGGGGCCUGUCCUUUAUUUACAAUGUAUGUAGCCUGUACAUGUAGUCAAUGUUAAUUUUGUUUGUUUUCAGGUAUAAAAGAAUCAGACACCGGCUUAGCUCCUCCAGCUUUAUGGGAUUUAGCAGCUGAUAAACAAACACUUCAGGGAGAGCAACCUUUACAGGUAUUUAAUAUAAUAAAUUACACCUGCUGAAAAUAAAUACCUUAUUUAAUCAAAAUAAGGAAGAUCGAGCCGAGACAGUCAACUUACAGUCGUUUUGAGUGUUACCAUAUUUUUCCAGCAUUCAAAGAAAGUCGUGUCCAAUAGCCCGGGGCUAGUGGAUUUUGCUAUCAGGCUAGUGAUUUUUGUUCUUAACUUGCCUGAUGGGCAAGUGCUGUUUUUUGACGAAAUUCAAAUUUCAGAAGAAUUGUAAUCAAUUUUGCUAAUUAGAAAGGGUUUUUGGGCUAGUUGAAAUGACUUGUGGGCUAGUACAAGCUAGCUACAGCUUGCACGAAUGCCAGGCUGUAAAACUGACUUUCUUUGCACCCUGUUUUCCUUAAUUCACUACUACCUGUUGAUGCAUGGUGAUGUUUAUAGACUUUGUCCACAGCUUGUUGGAACCCUUUUGUGCUUAUUAUUUGGAAUAAUUACCACUCAGUAACUGUCUCAUUUGUAUGGAACCUUGCAAAUUAAUUAUAACUGAGCACUUAUUUUAUGUGUUGUCUUAUCUCUGUCAGGUUGCAAGGUGUACAAAGAUAAUAAAUGCAGACACUGAUGAUGCUAAGUAUGUGAUAAAUGUCAAACAGUUUGCCAAGUUUGUGGUUGAUCUUGGUGAUCAAGUGGCUCCCACAGAUAUUGAAGAAGGAAUGCGAGUCGGGUAUGAUCCACAUCACAUUCAAUAAACAAUAUUUGUAAAUCCUGUUUAAUUAGAAAAUACAUGGCAGUUUUGCAGUUAAGGCAAAAUUAAGCUUGAGAAAGUGUCGUGUGGUGUCCUGUUUGCAAAGAAGUAGGGUAGUUAACUAGUUUGGCUGGCUUGGGUCCCAUUUCUUGAAAGUCCCAGUAACUUUUCAGGGCCAAAAUUAAAAUAAUAUUCAAAUCAAAAGCUGAACAAAAAAGUGCAAGUCCUAGCUAACAAAACUGAUACAGUGUAGCUGUAUCAUUUUAUUUCAAUCUGCAACACUAUUGAGACUCUCGAUCUUGAAUGUAACUAACAACAACUUUCUCGAACUGUCAUUUAUCAGGACUAUCAAGAAAUUUACCCCAGGACCCUUGCACUUCAUUUUGUUUCCCUCCCCCACCCCCCUCAGGUACCUUGGGUAUACAUGUACAAGCAUAUUACUCUGGUGGUACCUUGGUGCAUGUUAUUGCCACUCAUAAGCCUGCCGUGGUAACCGCUUAUGGUUGGCAUUGCAUGUGACUAAAGCAAUCUUUCAGGCAAUGAAAGGUUGCUGGUUUUAAACAUCCUCAAUGCGUCUUGCCCCAUGCCUUAUGUUUUUUUCCCUAUUUUUCAGGGUUGAUAGAAACAAGUAUCAAAUUCACAUUCCCCUCCCACCAAAGAUUGAUCCAACUGUUACAAUGAUGCAGGUAAUCUACUGAGUACAACAUGUUUGCAGUACAUAUAUCUACAUGUACCGGUAGCUUAUGGUUACUACAGUGAGGGAAUUAAGACCAGGGAAUGGUCAAGGGAUUUUAUUUUAAAGGCAGCUUCCUUGCCAGGUAAAGAAAAACUACUGUGUAUUGUUCAAGCCUGUUCACAAUACAUAGUUUUGAACAAAAAACUAUGGGCACCAGAAAUAUUUUAGGAAUUCAUGUUAUUAUGUUGGGAGGAAACUCUGAUCUGAGUAUCCAGGAUAACUUAUCUGCAAACAGCACCAGUGUAACAUUUAUGUAUCCUGAUCUCCAAUAUGUUAUGCUGUUAAUCAUAAGACUGUGAACAAUUCUGAAAUAAUCAAGGUGUUCCUGUUUUUUUUUUUCAUGUUGUUUAACAGUAAAAUUUAAGGUACAUGUAAGUGGCUCAAGAGGUUUUUCAAGACUAAAAUCUUUCACUUAAAGUACCAAAAAAUGUAUGGUGUAAAUUGUUUUGCAAAUUUUUUCUGUAGGUGGAGGAGAAGCCAGAUGUGACAUACUCUGAUGUAGGAGGCUGCAAGGAACAGAUAAACAAACUACGAGAAGUUGUAGAAACUCCACUACUUCACGUAAAGAGCAUCAGUUUGUAUUUUUUUUUUUUUUGUAAUAUGGGACCACCGGUUAAAUGUCUCUGAUUGACUCAUGAUUGUACGGUGAAUUCUGGUGGGGCCCGACAACUUAGAGAAUAAAGAUUAAUCAACAUUUUCCCAUGGCACUGUACAGGUAUUUACCUGGGUUUGUCUAUUUCUCUCUGCAGCCUGAACGGUUUGUGAAUUUAGGUAUAGAACCUCCCAAGGGAGUUCUGUUAUAUGGACCACCUGGUACAGGCAAGACUCUCUGCGCAAGAGCUGUGGCAAACAGGACAGAUGCUUGUUUUAUCAGAGUGAUUGGUUCUGAGCUGGUGCAAAAAUAUGUUGGAGAGGUUAGUGAUAGUGAUUUGAAUUGGUACGCUUUCUGCAUUGUGCAAAGAUUUUAAAUCAUUGAAGAGUCACUUUUAACUCACAGUUGCUAAAUACUUUUGUUAAAAUUGAACUCAAGCUUCACUAAAGGGGCCCUGUUUCUUGACUUGACAAGCAAUUCCUGCUUACUUUAGAUGGAUGAAUUAACACAAUAAUUACUACCUCUACAUGUGCCUCACCUCGCCUCAUUGCGAUCUGUUCAAAUAAGGACUCUGCACAUCUUCCCAACUGCUACCGUUAUCUUAAAAAGUGUUACUUAGUUUCGUUGGUGAUAUUUCUUUUUAUGGGGAUUGGACAUAACACCUUGCCCAACCCCCAACUUGAACGGCCAGGCAUUGCAAGUCGAUUGGUCUUUCAUGCAAACCUGUCUGGCAUGUUUAAAUCUUCCAGGGACUGAGGUCCAACUACUAUGGCUUCCCUUGAUCAUAAAAACCUUGCCGCUGCAUUAAGGAAAAACACUCAUCAACACUAUAGCACAGACUGAAAAUGACAACAUUUUCUUCCCCUUUUGUCAUUCCUCAGGGUGCAAGAAUGGUGCGUGAAUUAUUUGAAAUGGCCAGAACAAAGAAAGCCUGCAUUAUUUUUUUUGAUGAAAUUGAUGCUAUUGGAGGUAUGUCAUCAAUUUUUGUGCAUAAAGAAGGACAGAAUUUCUGCUGAAGAGCUCUUAAAAUCUGUUACUAACAAGGCUGGGGAUUAUUGUAUCAGUUUCACUAGAUUUGCCUCUCCACAUGAACCACACCAGUCUAACUAUUUUGAAUUUGCGCAAAAUUUAAGCACUUUCAAAGGCAUUCUACCGACUUAAUGGAAAACAAGCUGCCUUUGCGAUAUUACAGGUAUUAAUGGUUCGGUGCCUUUGUCCAAGAUUUUAUGGUUUCUUUUUUUUACUAUCUGCCAGGCACUCGGUUUGAUGAUGGCGCUGGUGGUGAUAACGAGGUUCAAAGAACAAUGUUGGAACUUAUUAAUCAACUUGAUGGGUUUGACCCACGAGGAAACAUCAAGGUUCUUAUGGCAACAAAUCGGUAAGUAUAGGGAGUUUAGGCAACCACGUUUUUGAGUGAGGCGUGUCAACCGGCACUGAACUUUUUGAACUCUUCAGCUGUGAUUUUGAAAAACCUCUUGGGUAAUGACGCUUAGUAAUACAAAUUUCGUAGCCUUACGGCAUAUUAAAAGAGAGCAAGGCUCACUUCCGGUUGACGUUUGUCGCUCAAAAAAGUCACUGAUUUGUCACGUCAUGACUUUCAUUCCAAAAUGUCACUUUUUUAUUAAAUACUUCUAAUAUUUUCACUCGACUGAAAUUUACAAACAAAUGCCCAAAUUAGCCUCCGGUACGACCUUAAACGGCUCCCGAAUAUUUAUUUAUCGCCCCAUGUAAGGUAAUCCGGGUUCCGGAAGCCGGGAAAUUUUCGCUUGUGGAAUGGGGAAUCCUGGGCUUUGGAAUCCGGAAUUCAGUUCAAGGAAUCCGAAAUCCCACUAACGAUUGGAAUCCAGAAUUCACAGCUUGGAAUCCAGAAUCCAAGACUGUCUUGGAUUCCCUCACUUGGGACGAUAUGUACAGUGAAACCCUUCUUGAAAAAAAGAGUUUCAUAAUGACGUUACUACAAGUCUCGUUCUCGUCGCCGUUGUCGGAUCUUAAGGCCUGUCCCUUAUAGACACCACAGCGAAGGCCCAAGAAUCCUCACUAUAAAAGUGUCCCUAUUAUAGAGGUAGGGAUUGUAAUGCAGUUUUGUUCACUUAGAGAGCUGUUGGUAAUAGUGUUAUAAUGUCAACCCUUAGCAACGAUACAACUGUGUUACGAUGCACUUUUAUUUCAGACCAGAUACUCUUGAUCCUGCACUGACCAGACCAGGAAGACUGGACAGAAAAAUUGAAUUUAGUCUACCUGAUUUAGAGGUACUUCAUUUGCUUUUUUGAAAGUGUCUUAAGCUUUUAACGUUCUAGUGUGGUGAUGCAAAGCUGUCAGGAUCCCCUCAAAAAGGUUCAGAAAAAUACUGUUGGAAAGGUAAUGGAAGACGACAUUUUGGUAGUUUCAGCGGAAACUUUGCGGGUGAAACGGAAAAUCUGAAAAUGCACUCCUGUUUUUGUCCGGACGGAAUGUUCCAAACGGAAAUUGAUCCUUGGUACCAGUUUCAGACUUUUUCGGUCGUUUUUUCGUUAAAAGGAACUGGGACGAAAUUUACCAGUCCUUUUCGUCAAACGCGGGUACUGCGUAGAGCAGCCUACGAAGCCUACGAGUGAUACGCAACGAAAUUCUUGACCAAUCGCAAAGCAAGCCGUUAAAAAGCUAAUGCGAAAUUAAACGUAACUUUGUUUAAAAUUGCUGACAGGGUAAAACGAUAUUUCUUUUGUCUCCACACAGGGUAGAUCUCACAUAUUUAAAAUCCACGCGCGUUCCAUGAGUGUGGAGCGGGAUAUUAGAUAUGAGUUAUUGGCCCGUCUAUGCCCCAACACAACGGGUGAGUAAAAACAGCAUAGUAUUUGAAAUUACUGCGGACGAAAGAGGUUUCAUUUGAAUGGUAACACCGUAGGAUUUCAUUCACAGACUCAAAAGUUAGAACUACAUACUAAAUAGAUAGUACCAUGUGAAAGUACUGCUGAAGAGGUUUCAUUUGAAUGGUAACAUCAUAGGAUUUCAUCCACAGACUCAAAAGUUAGAACUACAUAGUAAAUAAAUAGUACCAUGUGAAGGUACUGUUGAAGAGGUUUCAUUUGAAUGGAAACACUACACGAUUUCAUCCACAGACUCAAAAGUUAGUAGACUGACAUGUCAUAUUUUAACAGCCAAAGCCGGAGACAAAUGGUUUUAGGAAUGAAUUUUAUAGGCUUAGUACAUUUGUGACUUAUUUGCCCUUAUCCUCUGUGGUGUUUCAGGAGCUGAAAUUCGCAGUGUUUGUACAGAGGCAGGCAUGUUCGCCAUUCGGUCACGAAGAAAAGUAAGUACCAAGGAAGAUCUUGUUUCCUUGUUCCCGAAAACGACAUUAAGAAAGUCAAUUUACGUUCUUUUAAUCUUCAUUAGUACUGCUCAGUGACUUUUAUUUGAACUUAACAGUUUAGGAUUCAGUAUUUUUUCGAGGAAAAACUCGCCAAUCUAAAGUGUGACAGGAAAAAAAAUUGAGGACCAGAAAACACAGUCAUCGUUUUGGAAAAAGAAUGUAACUUAUUAAGGAUUUGAAGACUUAUUUUGGUUUUUGCUUUUGACAGGUUGCGACAGAGAAAGACUUCUUAGAAGCAGUGAACAAAGUGAUCAAAGCUUACGCGAAAUUCAGUGCCACUCCACGCUACAUGACCUAUAACUGA